AUGCCCUUCCAAAUUAAAGUGGCAUCCAUUCAGCAGAAGGUGCAGCAUUUACUGGUAUUCACUGCUAUGUGCAUUUUUAUAGGGCUUGUGAUCUACGUCACGGGUGGAUUCCAAGAUGAGAGUGAUCCCAACCAGCAGAUUAAUCCCAUUGAGACAUAUGGAUGGUGCUUGACCAUUCUCUUCUACGUUCUUCGUGCACUGCCAUGCUUGUCUUUACCAUUUACUUUGUCAAAUUUUCUUGGACUGACUUUCUUCAACACAUUCCCUUCAAAACCUCACUUAAAGAGUUCUCCACUUCUUGGGCCAUUCAUUUGUUUCAGGGUCGUCACAAGAGGAGACUACCCAUUGCUUGUGCGGGAGAAUGUUGAGCAAAACUUGUCAACAUGCAUCAAAGUUGGCCUUGACAACUUUAUGAUUGAGGUUGUGACAGACAAACCCAUCCACUUACAGGACAUGCCUCGCCUGCGCACUUUGGUUGUUCCUUAUAGUUACAGCACGCGUGCUGGGUCUCUUUACAAGGCCCGUGCUCUUCAGUAUUGCCUUGAAUCUGACAUUAAUAUCCUCAGCGAUGAAGAUUGGAUUGUUCAUCUUGAUGAGGAGACAGUCCUCACCGAGGACUCUGUGAUAGGAAUCUUCAACUUUGUGGCUGAUGGCAACGUAGAAUUUGGCCAGGGUGUCAUCACCUAUGCGAAGGACAAGAUUGUCAACUGGUGUACCACACUGUCCGAUUGCGUCCGUGUUGGCAUAGAUUUUGGUUCUUUGCAGUUCACCUUCCGAACAUUUAAGAAACCCAUCUUCAGCUGGAAGGGUUCAUUUGUAGUAGCCAAUGUAGGUGCUGAGAAAAAAGUGUCUUUUGAUCAUGGACCAGAGGCAUCCAUAGCUGAGGAUUGUUAUUUUGCAAUGGUUGCCUUCCGGGAAGGCUAUAAGUUUGGCUUUGUUGAAGGAGAAAUGUAUGAGAAGAGUACAUUCACAGUUAUUGACUUUGUACGCCAAAGAAAGCGUUGGAUGCAGGGCAUCUAUGCAACAGUAUGCAGUUCCUCUAUCCCUUUUAAAUAUAAAAUUGGAAUCUGUUGUAUGGUUAUCUCCUGGAUUUGCAUGCCUUUAACUACACUAAAUGUGCCACUGACAUUGUUUUUUCCAGUGCCAUUGUUACCUCACUUCAACUUCAUUUGUGGUUUCAUAGCAGGCAUGAUGGGUUUUCUGUCUAUCUUUGGUGCUGCUAAAUCCUUCAGUUGGCAAAAACUUGGCACUGCACGUUACAUAUCUGUCUGUUUGGCGGCAUGCAUCAACAUCCCAAUUAUGCUGCUUCUGGAGAAUGCGGCUACAAUUUGGUGGAUAUUGUCUAAGAAACAGAUUAGCUUUCAUGUUGUUAACAAGGACAGUCGAAAUCCACAUAUCAUAUUGACUUAA